AUGUCAAAUUUAUUUGAUUUAACUGGGAAAGUUGCAUUAGUAACAGGAGGUAACCGAGGAAUUGGACUUGCACUUGGUGAAGGUUUGGUUGAAGCUGGAGCACAUUUAAUUAUAAUCCACCGCCCUGAAACUGAUCUGAAAGCUUCUAUUGAAGAAUUGAAAUUGAAAACUAUAAAUUCUGCCAAAAUCUUAUCCAUGCCCUUUGACCUUAAGACGGUAACGGAAGAAAAUGUUAGUGAAUUAGUUAUUAAAAUACUUGAAUUAUCUCCUACCAAUAGAAUAGAUAUACUUGUAAAUAAUGCAGCAAUUGCCAAGGCAAUUCUUGCCAAUGAUUUAUCUAUGAAAGAUUAUGAUGAAAUAAUGACGGUUAAUUUAAAGGCACCGUUAUUAUUACUGCAACAUGUUGGGAAACAUAUGAUGGAAAGAUAUAAAAUUGAUAAUAGUUAUCGUGGGAAAAUUAUAAAUAUAUCCUCUAUAAUGGCAUAUACAGCCAUGACACACUCUACAGCUUAUACAAUCGCGAAAACAGGACUUCAUAAUAUGACCAAAUCCCUCUCCAAUGAAUGGGCAAAACAUGGAAUCAACGUGAACGUAAUUGCGCCUGGACCAACUGAUACAGAAAUGGUAGCAGCUAUAAAACGACAAGGUGAUGAAAACCCAAGAAGUUCAAUUGUCAACAGAAUACCUAUGGGGAGAAGAGCUACACCAGAUGAUUAUAAGGGGACUGUCAUAUACCUUUCUUCCAGAGCUAGUGACUUUGUAACAGGUGAAGUUGUCAUUGUUGAUGGAGGAUUUAUGGGAUAA